AUGUACCAGACUCACUCAAGCGUGCCCGAUUAUGUUAUGAGGAGUGAAAUGAAUGAGCAGUGGAGACGAGGGCCAUGGCAGUACUCCUAUAGCUUCCCAUCCACACCCCAGCAUGGAACCUACAAUCACUUGCAACCCCCAGCCUGGAACCAAACCUGCUCUACUUGGAAGGUUCAGAACCACCUGGAGAACCCCAAGUAUCACCUCCACCAACCCCAGGCCCAGCAGUACCUGACUGUAGGCACCAAGCUUCCCGUCCAGGCCCACCCUCACCCAGGCCAGGCCUUGGGCACCAUGCCUAUCAUGCGCAAUGGACAUUUAACACCCGUCAGCGACAACAGCACCCCUGGAAGCCCUGUCACUCUUUUUACUCUCGCCAACAGCCAUGAAAGUGAGUUUCCAGUGGAUGAAGUUAUUGAUGAUCUGAUUAGCCUUGAGUCCAGAUUUAAUGAUGGUGGAUUGGACGGUAUGGAUCCCAGCAUCAUAAUGCAAAACAAUGUGGCCCUCAACGGAAGCAUGCUGGAUGUUUUUGGCAGUGACCAAGGUAUGACUGCCUCUCAUGGUGGACUGGAAAUCACAGAACACAACACCAGAGUCUUAGCAAAAGAGAGACAGAAGAAAGACAGCCACAAUCUAAUUGAAAGAAGGCGAAGAUACAACAUUAACUACAGAAUCAAAGAGCUUGGAACUCUAAUACCAAAGUCCAAUGACCCUGAUAUGCGCUGGAACAAAGGGACCAUCCUGAAGGCCUCGGUGGAGUACAUUAAGUGGCUGCAGAAAGAGCAGCAGCAGACGCGAGAGUUGGAGAGCCGCCAGAAGAAGCUAGAGCAGGCCAACAGGAAACUGCUGCUCAGGAUCCAGGAACUGGAGAUUCAGGCCCGGGCUCAUGGUCUGCCCAGCUCUUUAGGAUCAGUGGAACUUUCAACUCACCUCAUCAAACAGCAGCAACCGCCAACUCCUGCACCUCCUGCAACUCCUGGACCCCAGAAUCCUUUAUACCCACAGGAGGAGCUUAAUGGCCCAAAUUACCUGAGGAACUCCUUACCUGUGCUCCACACUGCAGGAGGAAACAGAAGCACCUCUGGAGAACAGCCCAAUCCCUUGUCUACUACCUUCUCAGAUCCGCUUUCUCACUUCACAGACUUUUUCAGCGCAACAUUAAAAGAGGAACAGCGACUGGACGAGCUCUUCAUGGAGGAUGCGCUGUCUCCAUUCGGCACUGACCCACUGCUGUCAGCCGCUUCACCCAACGCAUCCAAGGAGAGCAGCCGCAGAAGCAGCUUCAGCACAGACGAUGGAGAUGAUCUCUGACCCCGGACCUGUGCCCAGUCUGGAUCACUGUGUUCUUUAGAGGAAAAAGUACAAAACCUUACUGUGAGGUUGUAACUGACCCUCUGUGGAGAUGCAUACACUGGAAUAGACUGAACUUUUGAUACUUAUCUACUGUACAGCCUGCUGCGACUAAUGGACAGCUUUUACAUAUACUUAUAACACUGGAUGACAAAACUACUUUUGUAUACUAUUUUUCUGAACUGUAACUUAAUGGCAUUGUUUAUAAGGAGCAGUAAGAGAAGAAGUAAAGAGGAUUUUUUUCCUUUGUCAUGCCUUAUUCAAAACCGGUUAGCUUUAUAACCCCGUUAAAAAGGAAGCAAUGCAAAUUAUACUAGCAAUAAAACUAACAUGACUUUUUAUGUUUUGUAUUUUUAAAGGAAGAUAUCUGUUUAUGUAUUUAUAUGUCUUAAUCCCUUUGUUACAGAUUUUAUGACAAUCUAACACUUUGCGGGUGGACAAAACACAAUAAACCCCUUUUUGAUAAA